AUGCCCACCACGAUUAAGGCUACUUACCUCGACCCCAAGGAUGCUCUCCUCCGAGGUGGUUUGACAUAUAAUGAUUUCCUGGUCUUGCCGGGCAAAAUCGACUUCCCAGCCGGCGAGGUUAUCACUGAGAGCCGAGUCACUCGUAACGUGACCCUCAAGACCCCAUUUAUGAGUAGCCCUAUGGAUACCGUGACUGAGAAAGAGAUGGCUAUUAGCAUGGCGCUCCUAGGAGGUAUUGGUGUCAUUCACCACAAUCAAUCCGCCGAAUCACAAGCUGCAAUGGUCCGAGCCGUAAAGCGACACGAGAAUGGUUUCAUCUCGGACCCCGUGGUUCUCGCACCCAGCAACCACGUUUCCGAUGUCCUUGAGAUCAAGGAGCGACUUGGCUUCUGUGGUAUUCCUAUUACGGAUACUGGUGCACUCAACGGCAAGCUCCUGGGCCUCGUGACUGCUCGCGACAUUCAGUUUGAAUCGCCGGAUGUUCUCUUGUCAGAAGUUAUGACUACGAACCUUACGACUGCGCCGGCAGGCACUACUCUUGCUGAAGCAAAUGAACUUCUUCGAACCUCCAAGAAAGGCAAACUUCCUUUGGUUGACAAAGAAGGCCACCUCGUUUCGUUACUUGCUCGCUCGGAUUUGCUCAAAAACCAAAACUACCCGCUCGCGAGCAAGAAUCCGGAGACGAAGCAGCUGUACAGUGCUGCUGCUAUCGGGACUCGUCCCGCUGACAGAGACCGCCUUAAACUUCUUGUCGAUGCCGGACUAGACAUUGUCGUUUUGGACUCGAGCCAGGGCAACUCGAUCUAUCAGAUUGAGAUGAUCAAAUGGAUCAAGGAGACUCAUCCCAAGCUCGAGGUCAUUGCUGGCAACGUCGUCACCCGCGAACAAGCUGCGAACCUUAUCGCCGCUGGUGCAGAUGGUCUCCGCGUGGGCAUGGGUUCAGGAUCCAUUUGCAUUACUCAAGAAGUCAUGGCUUGCGGUCGUCCUCAGGCUACAGCGGUGUAUGCGGUCGCCGAGUUUGCGAACCGGUUUGGCGUCCCCGUAAUCGCUGAUGGCGGUAUUAGCAAUGUUGGACAUGUCGUCAAGGCCUUGGCUCUGGGCGCUGGCGCUGUCAUGAUGGGUGGUCUGUUGGCUGGUACUACCGAAGCUCCCGGUGAAUACUUCUACCACGAGGGCAAGCGUGUUAAGGCCUACCGCGGAAUGGGUAGCAUUGAGGCAAUGGAGCAAGGCAAAGCUAAGCCUGGCUCGGCAGCGAGCUCGUCUAAACUCAAUGGAGCCUCCAAGUCCAAGGUUGGAUCGAACGUCCACGAAAACGCAGCUACAAGCCGUUACUUCUCCGAGUCAUCAGCCAUCAAAGUCGCGCAGGGCGUAUCCGGUGACGUUCAAGACAAGGGGUCCAUUCAAAAGUUCCUUCCAUACCUCCACACCGGUCUUCAACAUUCGCUCCAGGACAUUGGAACCCCAAGUGUCCAACUACUGCAGGAUGGUGUGCGUAAGGGAUCGUUGGAUGGUGCAGGACUUUCAGGAGGGAUUUUGGAGAACUGGUUUAUGAAUGAUUAUAUUGCCGCGUGA